AAACUUUCACUUGGCCCAGCCCACUAAAAAUGCCUCUGCUUCAUUUCAUUGUCAUUUCAAUUCAUUCUUUCCCUCCGUAAUAAAACCACCACUCCCUCCACCAACCGCCGUCGUUUCGCAACCACCGGUCGCCGGAAUAUUCACCGCUGCUCUAUGUCUGCUAUCGUGCGCCGCGCGCACUCUAUCAAUCAGGUUCUUCAUUUUAUUACGCAUCCUCAAUUUCUUUCACUACAAUACACACAUUAUACAUACACAUCAAUUAGGUAUAUAUCAGCUCAUUCAUCAUCAAUUGAUCAAACAUUUGAUGUGCUUUCGCAAUUUGCGCCUCUUAAGAACUCGUCGAAUGCUUUGAAUACGGUGAUUAACUCGAACGAAAGGCGAAAAAUCAUGUUAGGCUUAGCUAGAAUGAUUAAAAGUGAGGAAUGUGAGUUUUUGAAGUUGUUUUCGGUGAAUUUUUGUCCGUAUAUACUUGUAAAGAUAUUGAGGCUUUUAGGUGAUCGGGAGACCGGGUUUGCGUUUUUUAGGUUUUCGUUUUGUGAUGAUUUGGAGGAUAGUGUGUUUUCGUGUUGUUUAGCGUGUCAUGUUUUGGCGAGGGAGGGGAGUAGGUAUUUGGCGCAGGAUAUGAUCUCGUGGGUUAUGUUGAAAAUUGGAGGGAGUAGGUGUGGGGAAUUGGUUGAGUGUAUGUGGAGAGGGCAUUGGGAGUACGAGUCGGAUUUUUCAGUUCUUGAUUCGCUUAUGCGUGGUUUUUUGAAUGUGGGGAUGGCGGAGCAAGCGUUAAUGAUUGUAGGAAAGAUGAGGGAGGUUGGAUUGGUACCGAGUUUGUCUGCUAUGUCUAGUUUGUUUAGGUUGUUACUUAGAGUAGGGGGAUAUUGUAGUGUGUGGAAGUUAUUUAGGGAUAUGAUGAGGAAAGGUCCUCGGCCUUCAAAUUAUGUAUUUAAUACGAUGAUACUUGGGUUUUGUAGAAAAGGGUUUUUGAGUACGGGAGAAAGUUUGCUACAUGUUAUGAUAAAGUUUGGUUGUGAACCGGAUGCUGUUAGUUAUAACAUUGUGAUUAAUGCGUAUUGCAUUAGGUGUAGAAUUCCGGAGGCGUGGCAUUGGGUGGAUAUGAUGGUUAAAAGGCAAUGCUCCCCUAGUUUGGUUACAUUUAGUACAUUAAUUAAUGCCUUGUGCAAGGAGGGAAAUAUUGUGGAUGCAAGAAACCUUUUUGACGGAAUGCUAGAGAUUGGUCUUGUUCCCAAUACUACUAUAUACAAUGCGUUGAUGGAUGGUUAUGUCAAGGCUAGAAAAAUUCAUCAUGCCAUUGUGCUUUAUUUGGAUAUGAGAAACAAGGGUGUAGCUCCGGAUGGUGUGACCUUUAAUACUUUGGUUGGUGGUCACUACAAGUACGGGAAAAAAGAGGAUGCUGGCCGUUUGUUUAGGGAGUUUUCAGAAGCAGGGGUGGUUCCAGAUCAUUUUUCUACUGAUGUGUUGGUUGCAGGGCUAUGUUGGGCAGGAAGAUUACAUGAUGCCACUAAUUUCUUAAAGAACAUGCUUGAGAAGGGUUUACCUCUUAGCGUGGUAGCUUUCAAUUCAAUUAUCACUGCAUAUGGCAAAGCAGGUUUGGAGGACAAGGCUUUUGAAGUCUAUGGUAUAAUGUUAAAAUUUGGCAUCCCUCCUUCAUCUUCCACAUGUAGUUCUCUACUCAUUGGAUUUACAACAAUGGGUAGGUUAAAAGAAGCAGAAGAUAUUAUGGAUAAGAUGAUACAGAAUGACUUCCCUGUUAAUAAAGGUGCAUUCACUCUUCUCUUAGAUGGCUAUUUUAAAAGAGGGCACAUAGAGAGUGCUCAAAGUUUGUGGGAGGAGAUGGUUAGGAUAGAGGUGGCACCUGAUGCUGUAGCUUUUUCUGCCUAUAUCGAUGGACUGUCGAAAGCUGGUUAUAUUGAUGAGGCAUAUAAUGAGUUUCUAGAAAUGUCUAGGAGAGGGCUGAUACCUAAUAACUUUGCUUAUAACUCUUUGAUUGAUGGGUUCUGUAAAUGUGGUAGAUUAAAUGAGGCACUAACAUUGAUAAGACAGAUGAGGCAAAGAGGUCUUCUCCCUGAUAUAUUUUCUAUCAAUAUUAUAAUUAAUGGGUUUUGCAAGCAAGGAAGAAUGCAGUCUGCAGUUGGCACUUACAUGGAUAUGUACCGGUGGGGGUUAGAACCAGAUAUCGUUACUUAUAACACAUUGCUCAAUGGAUACUGCAAGGCAUUUGACUUGGUCAAUGCAGAUAAUCUUCUGGAUAAAUUGUACACUAGCAGGUGGGACCCUGAUAUUUUCACCUAUAAUAUACGAAUCCAUGGUUUCUGUAUUAGUAGACGAAUAAAUCAAGCUGUGAUGUUGUUAGAUGAACUUGUCACCUGUGGAGUAGUGCCAAAUACAGUAACAUACAACACUAUGAUGAAAGCUGUAUGUAAUGAUAUAAUCGACCGCGCCAUGAUCUUGAUUGCAAAACUGCUUAAGAUGGCCUUUGUACCGAACAUUGUUACGACAAACUUGUUAUUAUCUCAACUUCGUAAGCAAGGGCAACCAGUAAAGGCAUUGAUGUGGGGGGAGAAACUGAUGCAGGUUUGCAUUGAAUUUGAUGAUAUAACGUAUAAUAUACUGGAGAGAGCAUAUCGUGAUUCUCAAGAUGAUGCUGUGCUAUUAGAAGUGACGCCGGAAAAUAGUCUCUUGUUAGACGUUCUUAUGUACAUUACUUAUGAUUAUCUCUCUAGAAAUAGGCCUCAUAAUGAAUCAACUGACUAUUCUUUGAAAUUGAUCAACAACCAAUCUGUUGGAUCCGUAAAAAUGCUUGAAAUGACGAGCUAAAAGCUUCCAUUUCAUUUCGUAGAGCAGCAAUUUUUUGGUUGGUGAAUGUUGCCAGUACUAAAACUUGUAGUUGUACGAAAGAGCAGCCAGAGUAUUCAUGUUAUUCAGGUUUUCAUCUUUUGCUAUUCUGAAAAAUGCAUUCAUCUGAAUACCAGAGAUAAUGAUACAUCAAGUUCGUCCUUGGUACAAUCCGGCAUGCUUCGCUUAGGAACUCGGGGACAUAAAGCGAAAAGAAGUAAUAUAAUGGUUCAGAUGAGAAGUCAGAACAAAAGGUUGCCGACGUUGAAAAAGGGUGAAGAUAUUGUUCCCUUGGAAAGCAGAGUUUUCUUUCAUCUGCAGAUAUGGAUGAUGUAAGAUACCAGGCUGUACUGGCGAAUGCUGAAUUCUGCUUGAAUGAAUAAGUUUAGACAAAAUUGGGGAGCUCAUGAAUAGAUCUAAAGUCUUGAAAGCUGUGACUUCUAUAUAUCAUGGCUACUAAUUCUAUCAACCUUGCCAAAAAAGUCGAUCCAGCAGGACCUACCAGUUUCUGAUGGUGAAGGUAAUCAUGAGUGAGCAGCAAGGAUGGAGGCAAUUGCUCUAUUAGAACCUGUAGAAAAAAGCCUCUCAGGUACCUGCAAAUUCACAUGUGAAGAAUUACUAGGGCAAGCCAAUAAAAUUGUAGGCAAGAGGUAUAGAUUUUUCUGCUAUCUCUUCUGAAAAUGAAUAAUGUUAAUUCGUUUUUUCAAGGAAAAAAUAUUUUAUGUGUUUUUUGAAUUAUAUUUAGAGUAUAAACUUGUUUAAGUGCUUCCUUUAAAAUCAUUCCACACAUGGAAGGCAUUGAAGCAAAUCUUCCAUCCAUUUCUUUUCUCUUCUCUUCUUUGAACAAGAAUUGCUAUCAUCUCAUUUUCGGGAAGAAGAUUUGGCGAGGAUUUGUAUUAAUUCUUCCAUUAUUUUCUCUUCGCUUCCCUAUUUUAGAACUUGUAAAUGCAAUGAGAGAUCUUCCUUCAUCCUCCCUUUCUUCUUUCCAAACAUUAAUUUAGGAAUACUACAUAAAUUAUCAUUUUUCCUGAACCUGAUCGGAGAUUUUGAGCUACAGAAGAUUAAGGAUUCUGAAUAGUGAAAAUUACCCUGACAGAUUGCUGGGCGUCACAAACAAUUGGGUUCUGAAAUUUCUGAUUCCAGAUUUAUUCCAAUUUUGUUAAAUGUUUGUGAAAAAUUUGAUGUUCAUGAUUUUAUUAUAUUUUGUCAAAGGUUAAUUUGGUAAAACAGAGAAGGCGUCUGAAGUCCGAAUUGUUUGUGUAAGAUGCAAAGUCUUGUGCUUUGCAGGCACAUGAUCAGAGAAGGCUUAUGACUUCUAUAUAUGCAUUAGCUUAGUGACUCUAAAAAUGAUGGAAGAAACAGGUGAAGAACAAUAGACACUCGGAUUUUAAUUCUACCAACACCAGUAAGGGAAAAAAUGAUUGCUCUACUUGUAGACAUUGUGGAAGAAGAGGUCAAGUUAAUCUUUGUUUGUUCGAAAAAGCUUGACCUGUAAUGUUAUAGAUGUCAGAAAAUGGGACGACAUCAAAAAUUCGCAAGACCAAAAAUGAAAAUAUUGUGACACAAGUAAAGUUUGAGCAAAAGAAUGUUGUCAACUUGAGAAGGAAGAGGAGCAACUCUUUAUAGCUUGUUGCCAGGCCCGGCCCAGAGGGAGGGCAAAGAGGGCGACCGUCCAGGAUCCAUACCUUCAAAGGGGCCCAAAAUUCAGAUAUCUUAAUAAUAUAUGUUCAUGUAUUUUAUAUAAAAAUCAAAAUUGUUAUAAAUGUGUCCUUUUACUUGUCU